AUGGUCGAGCACAGUCAUUUGGAGGCUUCACAGAUCAGUCUCGAAACCAUGACCAUUCAGCUCAAAGCAGAGCCAUGCCGCCCAGCUCCUACCGUUUUGGAUCUGCAGGUCAAUCAGACUUCCGUACGCCUCAAGAGCAAUUCGAAUCUCACGGCCACCAUAGAACUCGAAGCCACGGAGGCCAUACACACGCUCACGACCAUGGGUCACCUUUCGAUAGAGGAAACAGCUUUGCUCGAAUUCCAUCAUUGGGCAAAAACAAGCACACUGAACACCGGCCGGAUUGCCGACAUGCCCAACCUCAGCAACAGCCUCAACCUCGCGGAGAUGGGACCUCGUGGUCUCGACGACCCAGGUGUCUACGACUUGCCGCCUCACCGACGACGACGAGUCAUUGACCCGUACUUCAUGUCCGGUGCUCUUCGCGACUAG